AUCCGCAACAUUCAAAUUUCCGGAUCCUCUUACUCCGCUCCAUCUCUCUUUCUCCCUCUCUAUUCUUCUCUGACUUCUGCAAAAACAAAAUACACAUACAGCUCCUGUCUUUAUCGGGUUGAGGAAAAUGGAAGAAGAGAUGGUGGAACUUGCUGCGGAGGAGGACGAGGAGGAGGUCGAAUACACUUUCACCGCCUAUGAGAUUGAUCUUGACUACGAGUUCGACGCCGCUCGUUUCUUCGACUUCAGCCAUGACGAGUCGCCGCUCCAGGCUCGCCAAGCUGAGCUCUGGUUCCAUUCCGCCGGAAGUUAUCCUCCGUCUCCUUUUGUGCAAAAUCUAGGUCCAAGAGAGGAGAUAUUAUUUGAAAACGUUAAUAUCUCCCCCAAAUCUAAAGGCGUGGACAGCAUGAACUUGUGCGAGAGUGACUCUGAUGUUGAAGAAUGCCAUGAAAUUAUAGUGAUGAACUAUGGAGAUGAUGGAGAAGAGAAAGAAAGAGGAACUUCCUGCACUGUACAUAUUGACAGCCAGCAAAAGUUUCAAAGUCGACCCCAAAAUUUAUCCUCAGGAUUAACCAUUUACAAUAACGAAAAAAAUACUGUAAAGUCAGACACUCAAAGUAGACCAUCCAAGAAGCCCACUUAUCCAAGGUCUUCAACUCUUAUGAAGCCAACAGUGAGUCAAUUAGCGAAGCAAAAUCGUCCUGUCCAGGCAGGUUAUUCUAGAUCAAAUAUAUGUGUCUUCGAGAAGGCGUCUAAAAGCUCGGCCAAUGGUUGUGUUGUUGAAAAUCAAGCAGCUAAAAGACAAAAACUUGAAGGUGGUCUUUUGCGGAAGGUUGAGGGGACUGAUCAGCUGCAGCAGACUAAUUUUGUUCACAAGGUACCCAAGCGGGAUGGAGUCCUCAAUGGUCCAAGACAAACUAAGCCGAGGAUCACUAUUCCUAGGGAUCAUCAUCUUGAGACUGCAUGCAGGGCCCAAAGAUUAAGAUCCAAUAGCAUAAAAGAUGAAAAAGAGGCUUCAACUGUUGGUAGAUUCAAAGCUCUCCCACUAAAUAAAAAAAUUCUCGAAGCCCCAUCUUUGCUCCCCAAAAGAAGCAUCCCUCAUCAACAAACUUUUCAAGAAUUCCACUUGAAGACAUCAGAGAGGGCUGCGCAACAUGGCUCGGCUGCUUUCAAAUCCACAGCCCCUUCCAAUCAUUCUGAUAAGGGCUUGCACAAAUACUCAUCUAAUAUAACUAAAGAAUGUGGAAACAAGGUGCCUGGAAGAUACAGCACUGUAAAUACUGCCUACAGGGCAGAUGCUAGGCAAACAUCCCAGCAUUGCUUUAAAGCUCUACCCCUCAAUAAGAAGAUAUUGACAAGCAAGGGCGACAUGGGAAUUUUUCGGAAUAUUAAGAAGGAAACUACAGUGCCAAUGGAAUUUAAUUUCCAAACAGAGAAGAGAUGUCAUGAUAAUCCUCUCACCGGACUAUUCAACAAGCUCUCACUGGCAGCACCCGAGGCCCAAGUUCCUAAUUUUGAGUCUAGAGUGCCGUGCUCUAUCAACAGAAGCACAAAGGGCUCGAAAGAGAACGGAUGGGGUAGCUUCCAGAAAGGUUAUCAGAUAAAACAACCAACAAAACUAAAACAGCCUUUGCUGGGAGGAAAUAUGCAAUUUAGUGGCAACUACCUAAAAGAUGAAGUCAUUAGCUGGAGUAAACCCAUCCGGUGAAGUGUUCGGAUGUGAGCUUGCAUAAGAUACAGACAGGAGUAAACCCAUCCGGUGAAGUGUUCGGAUGUGAGCUUGCGUAAGAUACAAACAGGCUACGCUGAUUGAUCGAUCUGGCAUCGAGGCUGACAAGCACAUAUCAUGCUCAUGGUAUUUGGUAUAUAUCCCAAUGCUAGGAAUCCCAUAACUAACUACAGAAGCCAAGUUUAUAGCCACAAAAAGUUACGAUUUUGUCCUAGGUUCAGCCGCCAAUGGUUCAAAGCAGAGUGUAAUGUAAUUCUCUGUUGAUUUAUAAAUCGAAUCUAUUGUACAGCGAUGACUUACCGAUUACGUGCAUAUUAUGAAUUGUGAUCCGUUGUUAA